AUGUUAGGAAAUGGUUUAGCAGCAAGCAAUCCAUUAGGACCUGGAAAUCCUCUAGCAGCUAACAAUAUUGCUGCUGCUAAUAUAGCAGCUAAUAAUCUCGCAGCUAAUAAUAUAGCUACUGCAAACAAUAUAGCAACUAAUAAUAUAGCUAACGCUAAUAUAGCGGCAGCCAACAAUUUAGCGGUUGCUAAUACAUUAGCUGUUACAGAAGCUACGUUACCAGUUGCUCAUCCUUUAGGAUACGAACCGAAAUUAGCCGGUUUACAAAUCGGUGACAUUGCAGCAUCUAAUAGCAGAGGCUUCCAAGUUACAAGUUCAUCACCAGGCGCUCCUCAUGGCCUGUCUGUGCUAUCCGAGAAUUUAUUAGUUGAAGGACCAUUAGCGGUAAAUGGACAACUACCUUUCUUAGGUAGUGUCUCCCUGGAAGGACCUCUAGCAGCUACAGGUCAAGGCGCAGUAUCUUAUGGUUGUGGAAAUGGAAAUAUUGGUAUGGUGAAUGAGAACACAGGUCCUGUUGGUCCCAUGCCUGGUAUGCCUUACGGCGGAGUACCAAUGGGUCCAGGAUUUGGAGGCAAUGGAUUUGGAUUCAACAAUUUUGCUCCUGGCAUCCCUAAUGAAUUUGGAACUGGGAAUCCUAUUGUAGUCUAA